CAAUCAGCUGAACAGGAUAGAAGGUUACACUUUCAAUCUAUUUAUUUACCAUAACACAAAAGGUAAUCCUGAAGUAUAAAACACAACAGGUUAGAAUGUAUGUGAAUUCAAGCAAGCUAGGAUAAUUAUCAUCGGUCAUUCAAUGAUAAUAACUAUGAUAAUUCAAAAGAUGGCAAAACCCGGAGAUACAGUAGACUGGCAGGAUGGCAAAUCACUAUCAGAAUGCAUGCUAUACAUGUUAAAUAAAGAAAUUAUGUGUGAUGUAACAUUCCUUGUCGGAACAGAUCAAAGUAUCAUCAAAGCGCACAAAUACAUGUUGGCAAGCCGAAGUCCAGUGUUCUAUACUAUGUUUGAAGGUUCUUGUCCUGAAAAAGGAGAAAUCAUUGUACCAGACAUCAAUCCAGAGAUAUUUAAAUCUUUAUUAAAAUGUAUUUACUCAGAUAAACUGGAAGUUGCUCUUGAAAAUAUUUCCGAAGCCCUUUACGUUGCUGAAAAAUAUAUGGUUUCUACGAUGAAAAAUGAGUGCAUACGUAUACUAUCAUUCUCUGUUGAAACAUCAAAUGUUGCAAUGGUUUUAAACAUUGCGUUCCAUUUUCAUCUCGAGACGAUUAAAGUCAAGAGCCUUCAGUAUAUUCAAAACCAUGCAGUUGAAUGCCUUAUAACACCAAGUGCAAUAACCAUUUCAAAAGAAUGUGCUGACGCUAUCCUGAAAUUUGAUUGUAUGUCAUGUUCCGAAACGGAUGUGUGCCGAUUUCUUAUAAAGUGGGCAGGUCAUCAAUGUGAGGUAAAGAGGAAAACAGUGUCUGGGGAAAACAUGCGGGAAAUAAUAGGCUCAAUGCUGUAUUCGGUCCGGUUCCCUUUUAUUGAUAAAGAAUAUUUUGCAAAAGAGAUAGCUCAUUCUGGCUUGCUGACGUCGGAAGAAGUUGUGAGUGUGUUUUCUUCCCACUAUGGACGGAAGAAUGCGCUAUUUACAGGGUCGGUCAGGCAUUCAAGAGUAUUCAACCAAAAUUAUACUGUUUUGCGUCAUGGGUGUAUUGCAAAAGGGUGGACACCGUACAAGGAUAUUGUUAAUCAUGAUGCUUUAGAUAUAAAAGUUAAUAAAAAAAUUGAGCUGAAAUCAGUGAUAUUAUAUGGUCCAGAUGGCGAUGUAUCUAGCUCUGCAAAAAAUCUGACUGUUAAGAUUCUUAAUGAUAACGGAAAUGAAAUAUUUAGUCAAAAAUAUGAGAGCUGUACUGAAAGAAAGGAAUUGCAGACUGUUAGUUUAUACGAACCUAUCGAAUUAGAUGCAGAGAAAUAUUUUACUAUCAUUUUAAGUGGUUUGAAGUUUAGAGCGUACAGUGGGAAACAAUGCAAACCAAACUACAGAAUAGAUAAUACAGUUGUAACAUUUCAGAACUCAAAAAAUUGUAACACUACGACAACCAUAGAACAUGGUCAAAUUGCAGGAAUAGAAUUCAAUGUAUAACAUUUAUAUUCAAAAUCAUAUUCUCAAUAUGAAUGUUGACUGUUAGACCUUCAUUUUUUAUAUUUAUUUAAAAUGUGGAACGAUGCAUUGCGUCCUCAUGACAAGAACCGUACUUAUAUUGGAUAAAAGAGUUUAAUGAUACACAUUUAACUAAUUUAAUUGAUAUUUAUUAUACUGAUUCCGAUUUGUAGGGACGUACCUGUGUCAAUGUAUUACAUAAUGAAAGUCAUUAAGAUUUGAACAUUACAUACAUGAGUCGUAUUCCUUAAUCAACUAUUCUUAUGAGGACAUUGAUAUGGUUUCGUAGAAUGCAACAUAUAUAGCAAAUCCAAUUAGUUUCAGCAACUCAAGGUUGUUGCAACGUUUCAUCUAUGUGCUUCUGAAAAUAAAAGAUUUAAAGUAAAAAAUAAGUACUAUGUGUAUUUUGAACAGUAUUGUAGAAGUCCCUGAAGGUGAUCACAUCAGAACAAUGGUAUAAUGUGGUUAAGAACACAUAAUUACAAAUCCCCUACCACGUAUGAGAGCUGUGAAAUGGCAAAAAAUAGUUUUUGUCACACAACUCCCGUAAUAAUGGUCAGAUCAGAGUCAUAGUAUACUAGAGUUAACU